UCCGCACUACAGUACAAAGUAGGCAGUAAUCAGCCCUUACUUCCUGCCUUUCAAUCACCUCACUCUGGAAAUACUGUGGUGGUCUCCGUGCCCAAACUGCACAGCUUUAUGAACAGCAUGAUUACAUGUGCAGCACUGGUACAAAAUGUGGCUUUAAUAACACAAAAUGUAACCAUUGCGAGCCCACACAUCCAGCACUGUUAUGACAAAUAUGUUUCUACUGUGUGAUUCUAGUGGUCCUUCGGUAGAGUCUGAAUAAUGGGUUCAGGCAUACAUUACCUCACCAUAUUUUGUUCCAUAUCUAAGGAAAUGUUGUAUAUUUUUACAGGUCUAGAAGAAUGUUAUUUUUGGUGUUGAGUUGGUCCAGACCGACAGAUUUGAGGGGGAGGGCAGAGAAACUUUUGAGGAAAUGGCUGUUGAGAACUCCUCCUUUAUCUAACUCCACAUUCCUCUUCUGUACCCUUCUCUCAAAGUUUUAGAGCUCAAACGUCUGUGAGGACAGAAAAAGCGCAGAGGGAGGAUAACAUCAGACGACCACUGAACAGCACAGACUCAAAGGUGCUGAAGCUAAAAGAAUACCAGACUCUCUCAUCUCCAAGCAGCCAUGGUCUUCCUGCUCAUAUUCCUGACCCUGCUGCAUUUGGUGACCUUAGCCAUGCUAUUUAUCGCCACUCUGGAGAAGUCCUGGUGGAUAUGGGAUGAUUUAGAAAUCACAGACCUCUGGUAUAAGUGCUUCCAUGAUAAUGCCACAAAGACCUGGUUGUGUGCUGCUACCAAUGAAAGCGACUGGCUGCAGUCUGUCCAGGCCCUCAUGGUCCUCUCUGUGGUCUUCUCCUCCAUCUCCUUCCUGAUUUUUCUCGGUCAGAUGUUCACCAUGUCCAAAGGAGGACUCUUCUACUUAACAGGCUUCUGUCAGGCUUUUGCAGGUUUCACAACCUUUGCUGCUUGCCUCAUCUUCACCUUCCACAGAAAGGAGAUCUUAAGUGAAUCCAGAGAUCUGAGCAAAGGGCGCUUUGGCUACUGUUUCAUCCUGGCGUGGCUGUGUGUCCCUCUCCUCAUGGUCAGUGGAGUGCUAUACACCCACCUGCGAAAAAAGGAUUGAGCCACAAACAGAAAAGAUGGAAAACCUCUUAAUUAGAGUGUAACAGAAAGCGCACAUGAAGAAAUAAGACAACUGAGAAGGAAAUACCUCUUUAAAUGAUUCUAUUCUUUUUUCUUUCUGACCCAAUAUCCACCCUACCGUGCUACAGGGUAUGCAGGGCACUGUGUCAUUGUGGUGGCUGUCUGUAAUGUGUUACAUGAGGGAUUCUGUCAUAUACAUAUUACUUGCUGUGCUUAAUGUAUGAUUGUGAUUAUGUUUUUUUUGUAUUAUGUAUAUAUCUGUGCUUACUUAUUAAAAAAGCAAUCCACAGAUUGUUGACGUGAACUUUA